GAUUGUGUUAUCAAAAUUUUCAAGUUUCCGGAAGAGAAAGAUAUAAUCCAUGAAACAGUACAUAAACAUUUUCCUUUUUUAUCAUAUACUAAUUCGAAUGCAUGGUACCGAGAUGUUUUUAAAUAUAUAGAUUCAGAAGCUAAAUGCCCUGUAUGCAAAGAGGUACAUAAACUUUUAGGUAUAUGGGUGAUUGGAGCUGUCUUGAACUUACCAGAAAUUCAAGUAAGUGUACCAAACAAAAUCAGUAACUCACUAAUUCAUCCAAACAAAACCCACCUUUAUCAAUAUGCCAUCGAAUAUGAAAUGGAUCCCGAAAAAUUUUCAGUCAUUACUGAGGCUGAGAAAAAAAGAUGGACCAUGGGAUGCUUCCGUGGUGACCUGGAGAGAGAUAUACGCUGUUAUUGUGGAGGAAUAAAAAAGAAUGAAGAUACUAGAAAAUACCAUAAAUUUUUAACAGAUUGGGAAAGACUGACUAGCGAAGAGUUAUUACGUCAUGGUAUACUAAAGAGUUGUUUAAGUACUGCAUGGCUCGAUGAUCUUAUGGAAGAAUGGGAAAAAACUUAUAAUCAAUUCAUUAUGAUUCCUGUUUGGGAAUUAUGUGGACCAGUAGCUAAAAAAUUAUGUUUUUUUACUUGGAGAUUAUGUGUUAAUGCUGUUUGGAAUUACGCAC